GUGAAGUUUACCCAAAGAUGUACCACAUCUGCUUCUUUCUGGUGACGUACAUGGCACCUCUGUGCCUUAUGGUGUUGGCUUAUCUGCAGAUAUUCCGUAAACUCUGGUGCAGACAGAUUCCGGGAACUUCUUCUGUGGUUCAGAGAAAAUGGAAGCAGCCGCAGCCGGUUUCUCAGCCCCGAGGGUCUGGACAGCAAAACAAGGCCCGGAUUAGCGCUGUGGCCGCUGAGAUAAAGCAGAUCCGGGCGCGGAGGAAAACAGCCCGGAUGCUCAUGGUCGUUCUUCUGGUCUUCGCCAUCUGCUAUCUACCAAUCAGCAUCCUCAAUGUGCUAAAGAGAGUAUUUGGGAUGUUCACGCACACUGAAGACAGAGAGACUGUCUAUGCUUGGUUCACAUUUUCUCAUUGGCUUGUCUAUGCUAAUAGUGCUGCGAACCCAAUCAUUUAUAAUUUUCUUAGUGGAAAAUUUCGAGAGGAAUUUAAAGCUGCCUUUUCUUGUUGUCUUGGGGUUCAUCAUCGCCAAGGAGAUCGCCUCGCAAGGGGACGCACCAGCACAGAGAGCAGGAAGUCCCUGACCACGCAGAUCAGCAACUUUGAUAACGUAUCAAAACUCUCAGAGCACGUGGUGCUCACCAGCAUAAGCACACUCCCAGCAGCCAACGGGGCAGGACCGCUUCAAAACUGGUACCUACAGCAGGGAGUGCCAUCUGCACUCCUGUCCACCUGGCUGGAGGUCUGAGAGAAGAGGCUGAGCAUCCGUGUGGAAUCUCACCCUUGUCGUCUCAAAGAGAUAAUGGUUUACAAAACAAGUGCCACUGUGUUCUUAGUGUGAUGUUAAAGAAGAUGGAUUUUAAGGCACUUAUGUGCUUCAUGAGUGACCUGGAUGACUUGUGUUUUUAUUAAAACUUACCAAUGUCACUGAUUUUUAUUUACUGAAGUUUCUGUUUCGUGGAAGCAGUUCAUUUCCAAGAACAGCUAUUACCUGGAAGAAAACCGAUGCAUAAAAUGGAUACAUAAGUGAAACUCGGGGAAGGAAUCAUGAAGUGUCUAUAUAUUUCUCAACAUUAGGGCCCACGGAUCUUGAGCGAUUUAUGGUGAACUUUAUAGGACAAAUGGUAAAAAAAAAAAAAAAAAAGACCACGAGGCCCCGAAACAUAGCAAUGUUAUUGGGGUGCUUAACGACUCACCUCAUUGUGUGCUGAUGACACAGAUGAGAAGAGCUUAGAGGAAAAGUUUGUUCUGGAGCUGAGUUACGCUGGACACUGGACAUCUAUCUGCCUUUACUUCUCUGUAUUUCAAACCUUUAAUUGUGAGAUGUCAAUGUCGUUGGUUUUGUCACUAGUAAGGGUGGUGUAAUGAUUUUACCAAAUAUAUUUCAGAUUAAUAAUUUGUGAAUUUUUAUAAUAUCAUAAAAACCUUGAUAUUUUGAGUUCAUUCAUUUGGGGCUAAAUAUUUUAUGUCAAAUUAAUUUGGUACUUGUGCAGGUGUCAGAAACCGUUACUUAUUUUUUUACUCAUUAACUUAUUUGUUUAUUCACGUUACAGCCUGAUAGCAGCUUGGGGCUAAAUAGUAACCCAAGUUUGUGAGGGAUAAACAGCAACAACAUGACAGCUAACUUUUCCACAGUGUGGAAUAACUAAGUAGCUAUAAACUAUUGAUAAGUUUAGUGUCAAAGUAUUAGGCACAGUAAUAUCCAAUUAUAUCCAAUUUCACCCUAGUGUACAUUGAUUCAGGAAGAAUGAGCAAAUGCGCUUAUAAGUGACAAUCUGAAUGUGUCUAGAGAUGUUAUUAAUCAUACCUGAAAUGAGGGCUAUUAGCACUUUGAUACAAAGUAAAAAUACCAGGUUUGCAUUAGCUGUGAAUCAAAACAGGGAUCAACUGCAUUUCAAAAAACAUGGCUAGUCCUUCCAAUUAGAAACCUUUUCAAUGGAACCUUCAUCAGAUACCCUUCUGCUUCUGUUCAUAUCACAAGCUAAAGCAAAAGCUCCAUUUGAUUAUUUUCAAAUAGUUUUCACAUUGUUUGAAGCGAAAUAAUGGGACUUUUAGGGUCCUUAUAUAAG